UCGCCGCGGAGGAGGCGCGAUGGCCCCGCAGCGCCGGGCGCUGCCCCGCGGCCCCGAGAGCGCCGGGACCGGGCCGGGACCGGCGACGGGAACAGGGACGGGCCGCGGGGUCCGCCGGCACAGCAGCGCCAGGAAGGGCCGAUCCCGGCAGGAUCCGCGGGGAUGGCGGGCGAAGGCAGCGAUCCUGCUCCUCCUCCUCACCGCGGCCGUCGGCAGCCUCGUGCUCUGGAGCCGCCUGCUCGCCCAGGAUGGGAUCUCCGGGGAUGGGAUCCUCCAGGACGGGGUCACCGAGGUGCUGGCGCAUCGCAGCGACAGCCUGCGGGACAAGUUCGUGGAGAUCCCCUGCUCGGAGGACUACGACAGCCACAGACGGUUCGAAGGGUGCACUCCUAGGAGGUGUGGAAGGGGUGUGAGCGAUGCCAUAAUCACAAGGGAAGAAGCUGAAAGAAUCCGUAGAAUAGCAGAGAGGGGACUGUCCUUGGGAGGAUCUGAUGGAGGGGCAUCAAUUUUGGACUUGCACUCCGGAGCUCUUUCCCUGGGGAAGCAUUUUGUUAAUUUGUACAGGUACUUUGGGGACAAAAUUCACGACAUCUUCACAGAAGAGGAUUUUGCAUUGUAUCGGGAUGUGAGGCAGAGAAUUCAACAAAGGAUUGCUCAGGUGUUUGGGAUCAGCUCUUCCUCCAUGUACCUGACCAAGCCAACCUUCUUCUCCAGAAUGAACAGCACAGAGGCCAAGACAACCCACGAUGAGUACUGGCACCCCCACGUCGACAAGGUGACUUAUGGCUCUUUUGACUACACCUCUCUGCUCUACCUCUCUGACUACACCCAGGACUUCGGGGGAGGACGGUUUGUCUUCCUGGAUGCAGAUUCCAACAAGACAGUCGAGCCCCGAGCAGGCCGGGUUUCCUUUUUCACCUCUGGGUCGGAGAACCUUCACCGUGUGGAGAAGGUUCACUGGGGCACUCGCUUUGCCAUCACCAUCUCCUUCACCUGCAACCCAGAGCACGGCAUCGGGGAUCCAGUCCUGGUGUGACUCCUCUGGGGAUGGAGCACGAGGGCAAAUGGAAGGAGAGAAGCCCUGCAAGAGGAGAGGAAAAAGGGAGAGAACAUCUCUUGUUACCCCACAUUCAAUCAGAACUGCCCAGCUGUAUCAGCAGAUUGUAAUACACUUUGUUUUCACGUGACCUUUUCCUUAAGGACCAUCUCAGAUUUGAUGCAUUCUGAAAAUGGUUUGUUCUGUCCCAAAGGGACAGGCUACAAAGAAGAGUUCUUGAGUGGGCUCUUCAUUUUUUUUUUAGUACUAUUUUUUAAAAAUUCUUCAGUUUAAAAGAUACAAACCGUCUUUUGGGCCAUGCCUUGAUAUGUCUCCCCAUGCUGCUGUUACCUGUUUAAUUCUUUAGCCUUUUCAGUUACUCAUGUGAUGUAGAAAGUUUAACCUAAGUUAAAUGAGCAAGGUGAGUGUUAUUUUGAACACACAUUCUGUUGAGAGGAAUGGAUUCUCCUGAGCAUGGGCAUUAGUGGGCAGUACACCUGGGGUUUGGCUACUGGGACUUACUUGAACUUCUGUUUUAACUGAAUUACUACUGUUUUUUGCUACAAACAGGGACUAGUUAAUGCAAGGUCAGGAAUACAAUUCUCUGGCCAGAAAGCCUAUUGCUUUUGGAAUGCAAAUGCUUUGUGCAGGGAAUGUCACUGCACUAGAUCCCUUUGAUCAGAAUGCAGCAUUCCCAGCUCGCCUUGUUUCCUUUGGAUCUCCAUGAAAAUGAUCAGUCUGCUGGUUGGAAGCCCAGUGUUAGGGUUAUUAAGAGCUCUUCAUGGAGAUGGUUUGACCCUGUAACCCUGUACAUUGAGUCAAAAUUCAAAAGGAGAGCUGGGCAGAGGUAACCAAUCCUCUGGAUUCAUCUAAGAAUUCCUCAUUACCCAGUGCCCAGGAAGAGCUGUGGGUUGGGAGGGGAACAGGGAAUAGUUUUGUUGAGAUUUGCCAUAGGCCCGUUCUGGCCUCCUUAGACUCAGUCCUGCAAAGCCUGACUUGCUGCCUGGAUCACAAAACCUCCUGGGCCUGUGGGCUCUGAGGGAAACUGGUGUCCACCUGCAGUUCAAUUGUGUCCAAAGCAAUGUUUUAUCUGUUUCAGAAAGUCUCUCAGUAGCUAUUUUUGGACUUCUCUUUUUCAGUUUAGUAUGAAGACUUUUUUUCUGUUGACUAGGACCAAUGGUAUUCCCUGGAUAAUAAACUGCAGGGGCUUCAAAGAAGAGGAGCUGUGUGAUUUGCAGUGCAGAUAAAGGAACAAAGUGUAAUCUUGCCAACUACCUUGGUUUCUUCCUGCAGUCAAGGAUUUCUGUUGUGGGUCAGGGAAUUGAUAAAUAAACUGUAGGAAAACCUAAUUUUUUUUCUCAAUCAAAUUCUGAAGCAAAUGUUGAUCUGUUUUAUUCCUAGGAUGUAUUAAUUUCUAUGAAAAACUGAAAAUCUGGGAAUGUGCUUUGAUUUUUAAUUUUUAAAAAAAAAUUCUAUUCAUAUAGUUUUGAUUCCUUAAUCUACCUUUUUAUGGAAAUAAUAAGUAUUGGGGGGAUUACCCUGCAGAUCAGUAUAAAGAGGAAUGGUGACAGGACACCUGGCCUUGUGAGUGCUCUCACUGGGCACACCAGCAAGAUUAGGCCUCUGUCAUUUCAUUUCUUUGUUCUCAAACCUGAAAAAGGCUUCCUUGUCUGUGCUAACAAGGAAGGAUUGUUUAAAAUGCUGGAUGCAAGGAAACAAUAAAAGCCAAUUGGGUUCCAUAUUGAAAUCCUUGCCUCAAAGCCUGUUUAUUCCAAGAAAUUUGAAUUACACCCAGGUUUUAAGUCUGUGUGAAGGCAGACCAAGAUCACCAGCAACUGCUUUACUGGAUUGAAACUCGACUGCUCACAUUGCUUUGGGAUUCAAAUGUGCCUUUUCCAGAAAAACAUCUGCCAGCAGUGGAAUCUAAACAUGAAUGGAGCUGUGUGAUUCACGCUGGGUUUCAACCCAAAAUCCUUACUUCACUAUAAGGUUAUUGCAGCCCUGGCACUGGAAUUGCUGUGCCACUUGUCCAGGUGUUUGCUGCUCAUUCCUGGCUGUCAUGCAGGCUUUGAGGGGCACUUUUGGAGCUGCCCUCUAUAAAAUCCUGCUCUGCAAAGGUCAUCUCAGACUGUGGGGGAAGUCUCAGCUGAUCUCCUCUUGAGUUUUCAUCUUUGGCAGAUCCUGGUGUCUCCCACAGCUGGUGCAUCUCUCCUGCUGGGAACUGAGUGAAAUUCAGAAACAAAGUCAAGCUGCUAUUUGUCUUUGGGAGUCUUUAAGCUUCAGUAAUCUGGUCAAUAUGAUGAGCAAACCUGUCACCUGGAAUUUGCUGGAUAAUUGUCUGCUGCACCCGCUAUGAGAAUUUCUUUGGAAAAGAAGCACAAUAAUUCCAUAUGCUGUAUGUUUUAGUCCCACUGAGAUUCUUCUGUCUGAAGCUUCAAUAUCUGGACUACAAAAAGCAAUAUCUAGAUCUUGGAAGAAUUUAAAUGGCAAAUGAGGAAGUAAAAUGCAAUCUAAAAGUUUCUGAAUGCAGCCUACAGUAGGAAACCAGUAAUUGCAGAAAGGAUGAUGUUCCUGGGGCAGAGUGGAAGUUGCAGAAUUCACUGAUCAUUACAAAUCAAUUUGGCUUAAUUUAUUUUAGGCCCCUUAAAUACCCUGAAUCACGUUUUAUUAAGGGUCUCUCUUCCCAGUUCUUGACAGAUAAUUCUGAAUGUGAAAUACCUGAAUUUCUUUCUGUCCUCUCUGUGGUUCAGCUGCCCUUUGCUACUGGGAACUGCAGGACUCUGGUUCUUAGAUUAGGCCCAGGACAGGAUUUGUUCUGUUCAAGUAGCACAAAUCUGAUGCCAAGCUGCUGCAGAGAAGUGCUCUUAAUUAAACACAUGGUGAUGGCAGAAUGUGGCUUGAUGGUUCCCAGUUGUGUGAGGACCUUUUUCAAAGAGAAAGGUCAGCACUUGUGCAGUGUGAACUGGGGCUGAGUCCUGAUGGUAAAAUUACAGCCUUGCACCUGAAGGUGUACGUGCUGCAAGUAUUUGGGAACGUUGAUUUGUACUUUGAAAGGAAAUUAUUUGUAAGGAAAAGGUGUGAAAAGUCCCAGGGUGAAAUGGAAAACAGAGCAGGAGAGCAAGCCAGAUUUGAAUCCCUACAAGAAGACUGACUGAAGCCUCUUGAGGACUUCUGUGAAGUGGUGCUGCUUCUAAAACUAAUUUCCAUUCAAAGGUUUUGCAGAAUAUCUGGAACUUUUGAAAAAUGAACAGGUAUGUGACUGGAUGAUGUUUUCAGUGUAAACCUCCCUUUCAUUACUGUAGCAUUGUAGGAACUUCCUGGCAUUUCUCAGGUAUAACAUUUUCAUUGUCAGGCAGCUGUGGAAUCACAGGUUUUAAUUCCCCUGAAGGUUUGGAAAGGUACAUUUACGUUGAGAUUUUCCUGAAUAUGGAUUAUCCCCCUGGAAUAAACUGCGCUCCAUCUUAAUGAAUGUCAAUCCAGAAAUGUUUACAAGGGUAAUCUAUUUACAAAAAGAUUUUAAUUUGGAUUUAUAGCAGAAAUUUAGCUUCCUGUCUUACUUAUUUUUAAGGUCAGCAUCUCAGCCAGGUGCUUUCUGAGGCUGUAGCACAUAAUGAUGUGCACAUUAAAAUAAAUGUAGCUGAAAUGGCAUUGAUGAUGACUGUGCUGUCAAGGAAAUCUGGUUUUGUUUCUUCAAUUGCAAUUCUCAGUACCCUUGAAUGUCUCCUUUAAUAGCUUUCCUUUCCCUGGUAAAUGAAGAUGACAUUGUUUUUAAUGUAAUAGUUCCUCAUGUUCCUCCCACAUCCAGAUAUCCUUGCACAGUAUUUACAGGAGAAUUGGUUCUCUCUGACAUGCUCAUGUGGAGCUUUGUGCAAUACUUUUGUCCAGAUUCUAGGAAUUAACCCAGGAGAUGCUGCUGGAGGUCAGGGCUCUCUGAGUGGGGAGGAAUAAAUACAACCAACCUCCCUCCUCCAAAGAAAAAAAAAAAAAAGAAAAAAUAUAUCCCAACUCCUGUCUCUCCUUUUUGAGUCUCUGGUGUGGAAAUCCAAGCAAAAACAUUCCAAGAGCAGCAGAAGAGUUAUUUCCUCUCUGAACCACAGAUGGCUCUGGCACAUGGAUGGUCUCAGCCUCAUUCAGGAAGGCAGAUCAGUCAUCCUGGGAAACCCAGCUCAGAGUCGGGCCUGGAGUGGUGAGGAAUCCUCUGGUGAGUGUCUGUUGCUCCUUCUAAAACACCAGCAAGAGCUGUAACAUCUCUGCCUUAUCUUGUUUUUUGUAAACAUUCUUAGGAAGCUGAAAGCUAAUUUUAGAUCAUGUUUGCUGAAACCUGCCAGUCAUCUCUCUUUUGCUGAUCGUUAAUUUAUCCCCAGAGUAUCUGUGUGGGCAUUUUUUAUCUUCCACGUGAGUGUUGGUGACUUCAGGCUGCACUGUGCAAAGAAAAUAACUAUCCUUUCUCCAAAGUGCACAUCUUUGUGUGCAUCAGCUCCCCUCCAAUCCCUCAUUUCAUAUCUCACUUCUCUCCAAACACAGCUCAACUUAUACAUGUAGCAAGAACUGAACAGGGUAUAAUAGUCCAUUAUUUAUCCAUUGACUGCCUUGCUGGGGCUGAAGAGGAGCUGGCUUUUUCCUCUGACCCUUUUAGCCCACGUGGGGCAUUAAUCUUUAAGAAGAAUUCCUAACUCAAUUUUUAAGAUUUCUCAUUAUUCAUUUUUUUCCAGCUACUCUCUUAUUUUUCUUCCACUGAAGGCAUUGUCCAUAUUCAAACCACCACCCUUUAUUUCAGAGAUGUUUCUUUCCAUCUUGCCUGUUUUCCUGUAAAGCUGAAAGAAUGACAAGGUAGGGGUCUGUUGUUGAGCACUCUUGUCUUUCAUGAUACCUCGUGGACAAUGAGCAAGGAGUUCUGAACCAGAAGCUACAGAAAGCAGGUCAGAGCUUGGGACCACAACAAGAAAUACCUUGCUUGAAUAGUUCUUACUGUGGAAUCAAUAAAGCAGCUUGGAAGUACCAAUCCCUUUAUUUUUGUAACCUUUAGGUGCAUCUAAACAAAGGAAAAGUAUCAAAACAGCUGGGUUUAGUGCUGGAUAAUCCAGAGGCUGCCCAAGGGAUCUGUGCUGGUGGAAUCUAUGAGUUGCCAUGUCAGAUUUAUUGUUCAUAAUGAACUGCACUGAGACCUUCACCUGAGACUUGAAGCUGAAGCUCAGUGAUGUGAAGCACAGAAGGAGCACGUGCCUGAAACCACAGCAGCUCUUUUUGAAAGAAAUAUUCUAUUUAAUAUUCUAUUUAUAGAGAAAAGCUUAGAUUUGUGGAGCUCGUGUUACUUAUUUCUGGGAAUUUCUUAACACAGGCCUCCAGUGUCCAAAAAAGCUCGUUUUAGAUGUGGAUAGCCUUCCUAUUCUUUUAUUAACAACCAAAAAAAAGCACCAACUAGGUUCCUGAGGCUUGAUUUUUCUGGACAGACACCUUGAAGACUUGUCUCUUUCUCUUUCCUCAGUUUAUACAAUUAUUUUAAGCUGUUUAUGUAGGUGCCUGGACACUUUGCUGCUGACUUUACAGAAAAAAAUCCUACUGUUUUCCUUUGAGAGUGCUUUUCACUGCCAGGGGAAGGUUUCUGGGUGGAUUCCUACCUUGGAGGUGACCUCCUCAGCAUAUUAACUUGACAGCCAGACCAUUAAAUCUUGGGGGAAUAAACAAAGGCAGGUCCUAAUGGAGUCACUUUGCAUGUCUUGGCUCUGGAUGGUGGUUCCUUCCAUUCCCUCUAGCAGACAAAUGUGUUUAUUUCUGAUUUAUAUUAGUGAGGAGGAGACAUGUUCUGGGAGUCCUCCCUGCAUAAUAGGGCUUUAAUUGUGAUUCACUGAAUAACCUCAUAAAAAGAAGGCCACAUUUUACCAGGUGAUUCAGAACUUAAAGGCUGCUGUGAAGUAACAAACCUCGAGCCCAUUUAGUCCUUGCACUUCUCAACACAGAAGCAGUGAGAGAAGGGAUCGUGCACUUAGAUUAUUUCAACUUCACUAGGGGCCAUAAAUGUGUGUUUUCUUAUUGGUUUCUUUAUUUUAACGGAAAAUAAGAAGUUAAUUUGGGAGUCAUUCCUUUCCACAGGGAUGAAUACGAUCAAAAUAAUCUGUGCUUUACUGGUAUGGAAACAGAAAUACAACAGAAGUAAGUCAAGCAGAGGGGUAAGUUAAAUUUCAGACUCUGUUAGGCAGGGAGCAGCUGCAGGAGAUUUCUCCCACACUGACAUAUCUGUGUCAAUUUAAAUUGACAUUUUCUCCUCCUCCUCACUCUGCUGAAUUGCUUCAUUAGAAGAUCAGACAAAGAGCUGCAAACUGAGAGUUUUGAGGCAGCAAAGCUCUUGCUGGUAAAACCUUCCAUAAAACUUUCAACAGGACCUCUUCCUCAGUACCAUUUACUUCAGCUACUUGUCCUGGCCAUCAGGUGAUAUAUGUAUAGCAUCUAUUUUACUUUUUCUGAAACUAGGCAGAAUUUAGACCUGUAAAUAAGAAAUAAUCCAAGAUGACAUUAAAACUGAAUUAAUAAAGACAUCUACAGAAAGUUUCUCUUUAGGGGGAAAAAAAAGGUUUGAAAAAUUUGGGGUUUUUGGAACUCUUAAAAAAGAACGGUUUUACUGAUUUGUUAAUCCUUUAGUUGGGGUGUAGGGAAUAUGCACCUGCUCUUCAGUACUCUCCACUGAAGUCCUACUCUGCUUUUCCAUGCUUUAACAGUAUCUGGAAAUCCAGUCCUGUCCCUGCUCAUUUUCCCUUUCCAGUUACACAUUUUGAUGGAGAUCUUAAUCCAUUCAGACCACGAGCAGGCAGGAAGCAGCUCACUCUCUGCCUCAGCAGCAGCACAGAAUAAAUGCCUGUGGAUUUCUCAGGAAGGCUGUUCCCACCUCAGAGUGCCCAGCUGAAAGCACAGCUCGGGAUGAAGAAAUGAAGACUCACUCCUGUCACAUUUAUUAGUGCCUUGAAAGUCUUCCAUCAUCUCAGCUGCUGCCUCUCUGAGCCUUUUCCCCUCAACAACUGCAACUUGAGACCUCUGGGCUUUGUUUUCUCGAUGCUUGUAGCACCUCCAGAUGGCUGUGAGGCAGUGAACUCCAGCAUGCUGCAAAAAGUAUCACUUUCAAUACAAGUUAUAAACACCUUUUGACUCUGUGGCUAAAUUUUCACAUAGGCUUGGAGAAUUUGUGCUCCUCCUAAUCAUUCUCCUUAGAUUAAAUACUUCAGCCAUAAAGCAUGCACGGAAGGGCAGCAAUCAAAAGCCUCUCCAUAGCUGAGUUGUACAGGGAGACACUUCUGAGAUGUUCAGGGCUAAAUUAAUGAUUCUGUCCUCUGGUCAGGCUUUGUGAUUUGCAGGAUCUGGGGGUGAGGCAGAAGGGAAGGUGUUUGAUGGCCUGACCCUGGAGUGGGAGGUGUAAUGGUUUUGUAAUUGUGGGUGCACUUCCAAGGCAAUAAAGUUACGAACAUGGCAAGGUCAUUAGGAACAGCAACAGCCUCUUGUUAGACCAUUUGACAGAAUGGC